GCGUUCACAAAGUUCAUAUAUAUAGACCGCUGCAGUGUCAGGAAUUCUUCCUAAAUGGCCAGAAGUUAAAUUCACCGACAAUAGAUGGAACAGUUUGCAUUAAAUGAUGAUGAUUUUGAAACGACCGCUGUGAAAAUAGAGUUACCUCGACAAGUGAUGAUCGAGAAAUGGAAGCUAGUUUUACUCAUCGUCGGCUGCUCAUCAUUCAUGUUCAUCAUUUACUUUCCUAUAGACUUCUUUUUGUAUAGACGAAGAAAACGUUUAGCAAGAGAACGCCAGAAACAAAGCGCGUGCAGAUCUUCACCGGUAAGAGCGGCACAGUGUCAUGCUCACGUGACACCGCCAAAUGUUUCCGCUGAGACUGAAUAUAAUGAAAUAGAUGAAAUUGAACAGAGAAAACUCCGAGCUCAAAGAGGCGUUAUAAGAUUUCUAAACAUGCUUAGAAUGAAGAAAUCGAAUGCGGAGAUGUUAGGAAACAGGGACACAGUUCCCUCAGAUAAAAGCGUCAGUCCAAGAGUUAAUAUUAUACCGGAUCCGGAAACAGUUACGUCUACAAACGGAAGUGCUCAUUUUUUGAGUGACUUUGAAGGCAGUUCAAUUCAGAAAUCUAAUUAUAGUUUGUAUGAUGACGACUAUCUCGACUAUACACCGGAGAAGAAAAUAUCAAAUACUGCCAAAAACUUGAAUGAAAACCAAGAUGUGUAUUCCAUAAAUAUGAGAAAAUCACACUUGGGAGUUCAAUUCGAUAAGAAGAUGUCAAAGUUUACAGCCGAAAAGAUCAACAGAGGCUCCCCGCCUAAUACUAGUCGCGGUAAAAAGAAGACAGGUUUGUCCGCAAUGGGACCACUUGAAAAUGCGACAGACUUUUUCAGUGAAUCAGAUUAUUUCAUAAGUCCAGUUCCGUCUAGAAAUGAGUCAAUGAUUUACAUUGGAGAAAAUGAUAAAGACAUAGUUAACAUAAAUAAAGUUCAUCAAGAAGUGAUAUCAGAUACUAACAAUUUGUCGUCUGCGGGGAAUAUAUUCGACAAUGAGUCAAAUGCACCGACGUCUAAUAGUGUUAGAAACAGCGAAGUUAAGACGGACGAUUCGUCUGAAAACACGCGGGACAAUACUGCGUUGAUGUUCCAAACAGAUUCUGAUAAAGAUAGGAAGUCUUUUGUCAGGCAUAAAAAGUUAAAUCAUUCGCAGUCGGAUAUGUGUAUGGUGAGCAAGCCGAACUUUUCAAAACUUUCACAUAAGAAUGGUCGGAAACGUAACGUCAUACUACCAGUGUGUAGUGAUACAUUUACAGAACAAAUGAACUAUAUGCAUACAGAAAGUAGUUCCAGUGAUAAGUCAUUGCCUAUUUCCAUACCGAUAUUUGCGGAAUAUUCAGGUACUCCUAAAAUCAAAAGGAAAAAGAAGAAAAAAUCCAUUUUGAGAAAGAAAGGAUCAGAUUCAAUGCCAGAUCUUUUCUACGACACAGAGUCAUUCAGUUGUGCAAAUGAAUAAUUAUUAUUUUUAUAUGUUGUUUUAUCGUGCCUGAGUUGCAGCAGCUGAUACUAAAAAUGGUAGUUUUGUUUCGGGGAAAUAAUUGCUUGUGUUGUACAGCUAGAGACCUCAGUUUGGUCAGAAACACGAACCACUUAAUAAGGCGUUAAAUCUUCGGCAGAUCAUUCAGCCUGUAAACAACUAAGCAGUGUUAUUUUCCUAGCAAGAAAACGAGUAUCUAAGUCGUAAAUGAUGGCAACUGUUUCCACAUGAAAAUUAAUAAUAUAUUAUAACGCUGACAAUGGUGGAUAUUGUUUGAAAA